UUGGGAUAAAACUAACCGCUGUGGUCGUUAUUCUUCUAUCACUGAACUCACACACGGCCCUCAGCUUUGCUCGCCUUCGAUUUUUCCAUCGAUGAAGUUAUUGCAUAGUCCCAUUAAGCCCUCAAUUUCACUUCUUGAUAAAACCCAUUUCCUCAAAGCCUCUCUCUUUCACCCCUCCUUCAAAUCCAAGCCAUUCUCUGACUACACCCGUAUCUUAGGUCUCCAUGGACAGAGGACCUUUCUGCUUCCCAUCAAUUGUGCGCUCAAGAAUCCUCAAGACCUCAAAAAUAAAGCGAAAAGUGUAUCCAAGAAGAUUGUGUUAUCAGAAGCGGCUCCACCGUCUCUAACUGACGAUGACGACGGCGUUCGGGGUGGCGGAAAUGGGCAACCUCCGGAAAGCUCGGGGAGUAAAGGCGGUGUUUCUGGGAUGGGGAAGAUGUUGAUAAAGAGGGUAUUGACGGUUCUGGCUAAUUUGCCUUUGGCUAUUGGGGAAAUGUUCGCCAUUGCAGCUUUGAUGGCUUUGGGAACCGUUAUUGAUCAAGGUGAGGCCCCAGACUUUUAUUUCCAGAAAUACCCUGAAGGUCAUCCCGUGUUAGGAUUUUUUACUUGGAGAUGGGUUCUUACCCUUGGUUUUGAUCACAUGUUCUCAUCACCUGUAUUUCUUGGAAUGUUGGUUCUUUUCGGUGCAUCCCUUAUGGCCUGCACUUAUACAACACAAAUCCCACUUGUAAAGGUUGCGAGAAGAUGGUCAUUUUUACACACUGCUGAGGCCAUCCGUAAGCAGGAAUUUUCAGAAUUGUUGCCAAGAGCAUCUGUCCAAGAUGUGGGCACCAUACUGAUGGGAGCUGGAUAUGAGGUAUUCUUGAAAGGCCCCUCUCUAUAUGCUUUUAGGGGGCUUGCUGGUCGGUUGGCCCCCAUCGGCGUACAUUUAGCAAUGCUGCUGAUAAUGGCUGGAGGAACACUCAGUGCAGCUGGGAGCUUUAGAGGUUCAGUCACAGUGCCGCAGGGAUUGAACUUUGUUGUAGGUGAUGUUCUGGGUCCAUCUGGGUUUCUCUCUUCUCCCACACAAGCCUUUGAUACAGAAGUUCAUGUUAACAAAUUCUACAUGGAUUACUAUGAUAGUGGAGAGGUUUCCCAGUUCCACACCGAUCUUUCUCUCUUUGAUAUAAAUGGGAAGGAAGUAAUGCGGAAAACGAUUAGUGUAAAUGAUCCUUUAAGAUAUGCUGGUAUCACUAUAUACCAAACGGAUUGGAGUUUUUCAGCACUGCAAAUUCUCAAGGACAACGAAGGACCGUAUAACUUGGCUAUGGCACCUCUACAGAUCAACGGAGAUAAGAAACUAUAUGGUACAUUUUUACCAGUCGGUGAUGUUAACUCACCUGAUGUGAAGGGAAUAUCUAUGCUUGCUCGUGAUCUUCAAUCAGUUGUCCUUUAUGACAAAGAAGGAAAAUUUGCAGGAGUUAGACGACCUAAUUCAAAGCUCCCAAUCAACAUCGAUGGCACAGAAAUUGUUAUUGUUGAUGCAAUAGGAAGUAGUGGCUUGGACUUAAAGACCGACCCUGGUGUGCCAAUUGUAUAUGCUGGAUUUGGUGCUCUAAUGCUCACCAACUGCAUCAGCUAUUUAUCUCAUUCCCAGCGUUUGCUUAAUUCUGUGGUCAAUUCAAAGAUAUGGGCAUUACAAGAUGGAACCACAGUGAUUAUCGGAGGGAAGACUAACAGAGCAAAGGCUGAAUUCCCGGAGGAGAUGAACAGCUUGCUUGAUAAGAUUCCUGAAAUUGUUGAAUCUUCAGUGUCUGAGCAAGCUGAUGUCAUUAGUGGCUAGCUUAUAGCUUUUGAGACACCAAGGGUUGGAAGAGAUAGCCGUUACAUUUGGAUCAUAGCAGCUUUUACGGAUCACAUAACAAAGAUGAAGUCCAAGGCACUUUGAUUUUCAAAUAGAGAUUGAACUCCAAUGAGUUGCUCAAGCAUUCUUGGCUAAUCAGCCAAGAAUUAUGUAUACUAUUGCUGAUACACAUUCAGGAUAUGUUUUCAGUUUUGUUGUAUAGCGCAAAAUGUAUUCGGCUCAUUCGGCCUAUGUUACUUUAAGACAGAUAUUUGCAUAUAUAUAUAUAUAUAGGCUGCGAAGACUGGUCUUUCUUCAUGAAUGUAAGAUUAUUUUGCUUUCCCUAA